AUGAAGGGACUAACAACUCUCAUCGCUGCAUUGGCGUUGAGCCAUCGCCCAACACUCACUCUCGCAGACACCGACACAGAUGCCCUCUACGCCAAAGCCAUCAAACUGAUGUCCGAAAGUCCCCUAAUCGACACACACGUCGACCUCCCCCAGAUAAUCCGCGGUCUAGACCGCAACCCCCUCUCCGUUCUCCCCAACCUAGCAACAUCACUCCCAGGCCACGUCGACAUCCCCAAAAUGCGCACCGGGCACCUCGGCGGCGCAUUCUUCACCGUCUGGGCGCCGUGCGCAGAUUUCGUCGGCGCGGACUACGGUCCCAACUUCCUCGGCAUGACUGAGGGACUCCGAGACUCGCUUGAAGUGCUGGAUAUCAUUAAACGGAUGAUUGAGCAGCAUCCGGAGCAUUUGCAGUAUGCGCAUGCGAGCAAGGAUAUCAAGUCUGCUUUCCAUGCUGGCAAGAUUGCUAGUCUGAUUGGGAUGGAAGGGACGCAUUUUCUGGGCAAUUCGUUGUCGACUGUGAGGUUGUUUGCUGAGAUGGGGGUUAAGUAUUUGACGUUGACGCAUACGUGUCAUACUUCCUUUGCGGCGUCGAAUGGAGGCGGUGGGCCUAUGGAGGCUUCUAAUCAUGGUCCAGGCUUGACGGAAUUUGGGAAGGAGUUGGUGAGGGAGUUGAAUAGGUUGGGCGUUAUGGUUGAUUUGAGUCAUACUUCUGAUCAGACCAUGAGAGAUGCCAUCCAGUUGUCGAAAGCGCCUGUUGUUUGGACGCAUGCUGGGGCCAGGGCGCUGCAAGAUCAUCCGAGGAAUGUGCCGGAUGACAUUUUGAGUCUGAUUGGGGAUGGUGAAGGCAAGAAUCCGGGGAUUAUUCUCUCCGUGUUCUAUCCUGUGUUUAUUGGACCGACUCCAGAAACUGCGAAUGUGUCGAGAGUUGCGGAUCAUAUUGAACAUAUUGCCUCGAUUGUAGGAAGGAACCAUGUCGGUAUUGCUUCCGAUUUCGAUGGGAUGUAUGCAGGAGUUAUUGGAUUGGAAGAUGCAAGCAAGUAUCCUAACUUGAUUGUGGAACUCUUAUCUCGAGGCUGGAACGACACUGAGCUGUAUGGUGUCAUGGGUGAGAAUCUUAUGAGGGUGAUGGAACAAGUUGAUGUUGUGAAGGAACAGUUGAAAGCUGAAAUUCCAUCUACAGCUAUUUGGGAGAAGAGGCCAGACUUGCCUGCAAAUUGGGGAGGUCCAGAGCAAGCUUAUCUGCCGUACGAGGUAAGGGAUUUGGUCAACAAGCGACCGAAGCAUGAUGAAUUGUGA